AUUUCAUUUCAGCUCCACCUACGACAACACAUGAGCUCCUCCAAAUGCUAAAAACACAGCUCCCUUUCCGCAUUGACAAUCACCUUACUCAUGCCCCGACUCAUGCCCCCAACUCUUCUUAUGUGUAGAUUUAACCGCCGCCCCACCGCUGCAACAGUGAGCUCAGCGAAGGCAACAAGAUUCUUGUUGAGAAGAGUCCUGCAGAGAGCAGAUAAAAAAUUCUACUAGUCCUAUCUUGGAAUGGGCUGUUUUAGAAAAAAGAUGACCAGGUGGGAGACAGUGGCUGAGGUCUGCCCAGAGGCCAAGCAAUCCAUGCUAGAAGAUUUGUGUUGUACUUAUGUUGACAUCAGUUCAUACCACAGCCCAAGAGAGGCUGAUCAGGCCAGCUCAGAUGAUGAAACCCAGCCUCCAAGCCAUCCAUGGGAGCCUCCAUGUGCGAACCCAAUUCUGGAGGCCAAGGCUAAUAGAGAACCCUCCCCGAGGGGAGAACCAGAGCCUGAUAGAGUUCAAAAUGGUGAGAACGUCUCGUCUGUGCCUGUAGUAAACCAGGCACAGACGAGACGUGGACGUGGGCCCGCGAAGUGCAUCGAAUUUGAGAAAUUGCGGAAGCAUGGAAAAGUGUUCUUAAAGAUAAAUAAUGGAGAAACAACAUUGUGCUGUGAGAAUGCAUCCAUGUUUAUAACACGUGUAUCAUGGAUAGUUAAACAUUAUUGCAACAUGAGCUAUCUUAGAUGGAGUGAUGUACCCCAAGCGCAUAAGGAUGAGUUAAUCGAUCGUGUUCGGGAAACCCAUUGGUCCAAGAAGAAUGAUAAAUUUGUGACACCUACCACCGAAGACGUUUAUGAUAUGGUUGGAAAGCUGGAUACUCUAGAACCAGAGAAACAAACUGAUGAAAUAGCAACGGGUGUCUUCAAAGAGGUACUUGGUCAUCGACCAGGUUAUGCAAGAGGAUUGGGAGAGAUGGUGAUCCCAGAGUCUACAAGACAACGCUUCAUUGGCACGAGAGAGAGAGUACAUAGCUUUGAUUGAAAAACAUAAGAAAGAGGCUGACUCUUCCAAGAGUGAGACGGAGGCAAUGACAACAGACAUGCGAGUUACCGACCGUAUGUUGAGGGCUUUCUUCGCCGCUAACCCGUCCCUCAGUGAGUCUCUUUGAGAGACUUAGGGUGCGUUUGGAUGUUGAAUUGAGUUGAGUUGAGUUGAGAUGAUAAAAUAUUCUUAGAAUAUUUUUGUUUAUUAUUAUUAUUAUUUUGGGAUUUGAAAAAGUUGAAUUGUUUAUUAUAUUUUAUAUGGAGAUUUGAAAAAGUUA